AUAUACUUAUAUGCGUACAUAUACACAUAUGUACAUACAUAUGUAUGUGAGUAAACACGUGCACAUAACUAUGCAUGGAAGUAAGUAUAUAAUAUGCAAACGAAAUUCGAAGAAACGCCCCAGAAAUUCUUUAAACGCUUCUGCGAAUUUAUAAGUUGCAGAAUAAAAAGAAAGGAAUAUAUAGCACAAAGCGCCUCGAAAAUUCUUAAGAAAACUUUGACAAUUUUUAUAUUUUCACAAUAAAAGUGUAUUUCCUGAAAUUUGAAAAGAAUUACAAUGAAUAUCUAUUUUAAAGCUGAAACGAAUCCAGCAGGUUGGGUUGCAGAUCAACAACAUCAAUCAUUAAUUCAGUAUCGUCGUUCUCCAUUUGAGUUUCCAUCAACACAAUAUGAAUCGUAUCAGGAAAAUGGCACUAAAUAUCUUAAAAGUUUAAAACCGAUAUCAGAUGCUCUUCGAGAUGAGCUAAACGCGUGCACAGGCGAGAUAUUUCUUAGCGGCAUACCGCCGGAAAUUCCAGCAGAAUCUAUUGCCGAAAUCGCUGCACUAAUAGGUGAGAUAUAUAUACUGAGAUACAAGGUAACAUUCUCUGGAAAUUCUCGAGGCUUUGCUUAUCUUCAAUACAUAAAUCCCACACUCAUGCAGCUGGCUAUAAUUCGCUUGCCGGCUCUUUUUCGACAACACUCAUUACCCAUGAUUCGCGUUCGCCAAUCACGAAACUCUUCAAAACUUUUACUGAAGAAAACUUAUUGCAUUUCACCACAGAAUGUUUAUGAAAUGUUACGUAACCUAAUAGCUUUUGACAAAUUAGUCGGUCGCGAAAUAUUUCCCGGUUAUUUUGAAUAUCAAAUAAUAUUUAAAUGCAAUGAAGAAGCAGUUCACGCUCGACGUGAUCUUUUGCGCACCAUUUCCAAGUUUGGUAAAAAUGCCAUAGUUGUUUGGGAUACUAGUAGUGAAGAAACGGAUUUUACAAAGGAUUUCGUUAGGUGCGAAAACAACGUGAAAGUAGAGACGAAACACACUACUUUUCUUCUCCCAAGAGACUCUCAGUACUCUGAAUCAAUGACCGCAGAAAUUGGUUUCCUUGAACUUUAACGAAGUUGGUAAAAGAAGAGAUAGUAUCAAGAAAGAUGAUGAUGUUAGAAACAGAACGAUUAGGUAUGUAUGUAUACAUAUGUACAUGCGUCCAAUAUUAAGUCGCAGAUCUGCCUAAAUACUUAUGUUAUGAAUUAUUACUACUGUCGAAGAGCUUAAUAAAUA